AUGAGCACUGGAUAUCCAACAAUAACCAUAGAUCUUAUUCUUGAUCGUCUGACAACCAAGGACGUCCUCCAUGGUGUCCUACACUCUAUUCUAUUUCACCGGCUGUUUGGGACAGUGAGGCCGAGAACUUUUGAGGUUCUUGAUGUGACGAUGCCAGGCGUUUCCGAUCCUGAGAUGGAACAGCUUGUUAGCGAGAAAGUGGAUACUUUUUGGAAGGGGAUAGAGGGUGGUGUGAAUAAGAGAGGACAGAUCAUCGUCACGUUCUCGGAAAAACGACCCAAAAAGUCCUGGUUUCAAGUAUAUAUGGGCGAGGAGGAUGUCCCAUGGGAGCAGUGGGUGAUCAACGCAGAAUUGCGACAACCAAAGAGCGAUCGAGAUUGUCAAGCAUUUAACGCAACGCUAGCCUCGUCACUCACGAACACGAUACACACCAUGCUGAGUCACACAUCGUCUGAGCGUGGUCGGUCCGCUGUGCCGUUAAUCACCAACGCGGCGGGUAUCUCGCCGUUCCCUAUCAAGGUGACGGUCAAGGUUGGGGAUGUCGAAGUGGGAUGA